AUGUCGUGUUUCGCCAAAUCGGCACUGUGCCUUUUGGUAGCUGGUCUCCCAGCUCUAGCCCAAUUCCUUCUCAAGCCAGAAGGGGUCACAGGCUUGGAAUCCAAAUUUGGUGAUGGUGCUAAGAUCACUUACAAAGAGGUGAGCAAACAUAUCCCUACUCUAGACUCAUCCCUAGCUCACAUCAACGGCAGCCAGGACUUUGCGAGACUACGUCGGGGGUCAAGUCAUACGCUGAAGGGUCUCGAUGAUAACCAAGACUACCCCAUCAACACAUUCUUCUGGUUUUUUGAAGCAAAAAAAGAUCCAGAGAAUGCUCCUUUGUCUAAAUGGAUCAAUGGAGGACCCGGGAGCUCUUCGAUGAUGGGCUUGUUGGUUGAAAACGGUCCUUGCAUCAUCAAUCCGGAUUCAAAUUCAACGAUACUGAAUCAAUAUUCAUGGAACAAUGAAGGAGAGCUCACCAAGUUGGGCCCUGAUGAUCCAAUUCCAGAGCAGAAUGCUACGUUACUGGUCGGAACGUACCCUAGUAACGAGCCGGAAAACACUGCACUGGAUAGUCGUAAUGCUGCAAUUGCUCUUCGGCACUUUGCGCAGGUAUGGUUCCAAGAAUUCCCCGGUUACCACCCAGGGGACUCUCGAAUCAGCCUUGCCACUGAGCCUUAUGGUGGCCGUCACGGCCCAGCAUUUUUCGCGUACUUCGAAGAACGGAACCAGAAGAUCGAAAAUGGUACCUGGAAAGAUGACGAUGGAGACAUGAAAACCCAGAGUUUGCAUUCAAAAACACAUACGGUAUCGAAACAGUCAAUGAAACGAUUUAUGACUAUAUGGUCGACUCCCUCGUUAAGCGCGGCGGUUGUCGCGAUAUGGUCGAGGACUGCCGCGUUCUUUCCGCCGUCUGGGACCCAGAUAACACCGGCAUCAACGACACCGUCAAUGAGGUUUGCAGCACCGCUGAGAACUACUGCUCCAGCGAGGGUCGCGGGCCAUAUCUUCGGCACUCCGGCCGCAACUACUACGACAUUUCGCAGGUCGAGCCGGCCGCAUUCCCUACCCCAUUUUACAAGGGGUGGUGUGAAUCAGGAACACGUCCAAGCCGCACUUGGCGUACCCCUCAACUGGACCCAGUCCAACAGAGCCGUAUCGACAGCCUUCCGAGGCAUUGGCGACUAUCCGCGUCCAGGUUGGAUCGAGGAUCUGGCCUUCCUGCUCGAGAAUAACAUCAAGGUUUCUCUCAUCUAUGGCGACCGCGACUUUGCCUGCAACUGGAUGGGCGGCGAGGCGCCGGCACGACUCGAACAAGGCGUGCUGUUCAACAAUGAUAUUGCCACGGGCGAGAUCGACACCGUCGUGCCAUUGCCUGACAACGAUGGGGAUUAUGAUUGUUCGUCUGAGGAGCAGAUCGAGGCGAUACUGACGGGCAAGGCGGUACUCAAACAAUGGAUUCUUGUCGAUGAGAAUACGACCGAAUUGUUCCCUGAGGUUGUUGGUGAUUGGCGGCAGUCCCACAUCGCCACCUUCGCCGAGUGAUACUGCUGGUGCGUCGGGUUUGUUUGUGAGCGGCAUCUGACAG